AGGAGGAAGGAAAAUCUGAAAGAACAGGCAAGCCGCUGUACAAACGCAGGCCUGAUUGUUGUCCAUGUCAACGCGAUACCCAAUUACAGCCGGCAGUAAACAUGUACGCGUAGGAUUUGUCAACGGAGUGAAAUCCUCUUCAUCCUUUCGAGGGCUUAUCCCGUGCGCUGAAGACGCUGUCCCAGUGUGCGGAGAUUACGCGGCCAUUUUUCUCUCGGUUUGCUUUGGGGUCGCUAGGAGCUUGGCCGACUUAGCUGCCGUGAUUAAGUGACGUAGCGGGGGUGACGAUCGAUACCGUUAAGUCGACCAUACAAUGGGCCCUAGCGAUCCGUUCCAUUUGUUACUUGUUCAUGAGGACAGCACGUCCUUCAAUUGAGGUCGAACACAGUAGUAAGAAGAUAAAAUCCAAAUUGCCCCUGGCAACCCUUGGAACUCGUCAACGGAUGGAUUUCUUUUCUUGAACCAAGGGUAAUAUCAGUCUUGGCGAUGGCUCUAACGGGAUAUUAAAAAUCAGUGCAACUUAGUGCACAAGCGCUGGUCAGAUCGGCGAAUUCGGAACUGCGCGGAGAACGCCAAGGAACCGACGAGAUGAAUUUAGCGGAGACGCUGCUCGCCUACCAGGGGAAACUGACAGCAAUUACGCUGCUGGUGCUGUGGGCCGGGACCGUUCUCCUUGUCGUGGAUACGAGGAGAAACUACACCGAUAGGAGUACACGGGAGGUGGAGUGUCCAUGCCGACUUCAAGCCCAGGGUAAUAUCUCGUCGUUGGCAGCACCGGACCGAGUCGGUAAUGCCAGUAACGCGGCGGACGACAAGCCGCGCACCGUGACCAAGUGGCUGCGGUACUGCCGCCACGAGAAGCCAGGUGCACCGGCUGAGAAAGACCCGGUGCGACCCGGCAAAGACGGAGGCCAGAAAGUCCCGCAGCAGCAGCAGCAGCGACCGCCGGCCUGGAAGCAGAAGCCCGAUAACCCCAAGAAGCCAGCCAAGAAGUUCAUCAACCCCCACCCGUACUACUUCACCAUGAAGAACCCGGACGCCUGCAAGCGGUUCACCAACAUCCACGGCUACGUGGACGCCCUCUGCCUGGUCCUGACCUCCCCGGGAGACAGUUACAUACGUUCGCUGAUCCGCAAGACCUGGGCGAGCGCCAAGCUGGUUAAAGGCAAGCGCAUCGUCACCAUGUUCCUCCUGGGCCGGCGAGACACCGAGACCCAGCACUUCCUGGAGUUGGAGAACAACCAUUACCACGACAUCAUCCAGGAGAACUUCCACGACUCCUACUACAACUUGACGCUCAAGACGCUGAUGGGCCUGCGCUGGGCGGCCCAGUUCUGCCCCAACGCCCGCUACAUCCUCAAAGUCGACGUGGACAUGUUCGUCAACGUCUACAACCUUGUAGAGCGACUGGAAACAGCCCCGACCUUCAACUUCGCCGAGGGGAACCGGAAGGACAUCACAGAACCCAUCCGAGACCGCCACAGCAAGUGGUACACCUCCCCGGAGAUGUACCCGGGCAAGACCUAUCCGCCGUACCUAGACGGGCCGGCCUACCUCGUCUCUGGGGACCUGUCCUCGCGCGUCUUUGGCUCGUCCCUGAACGUGCGUUUCCUGCCGUGGGAAGACGCGUACGUGGGUAUCAUCAUGCACCGCAUCCACGUCGAACCCAAGUACAGUGGGAAAUACUCCAGCUAUCUCGACUACAGCAACAUGCAAGACACGCUUCGAAAGAUCAGCGACAGCAUAGCCUUCCACUUAGGCGAGGACAAGGAAGAGAACAAAGAGAACAUCUUGAUGGUUUGGAACUAUGUGAGGAAAUUGAACGAUGUCCCAGUCUUGGAUUAGAAAUCCCUGAGCUUCGUGGACAUCUCAUCUUGACAUUUUAGAGUAUUAAUUUAAAAUUAGGUGUAAUAAUUUGAUCCAGACAUUUGAGAGAGUGUUCCAUCUACGGACAUUACUUGACACCCUACGCACAGUCCCCAUGAGACUGGUGUGAAAAAUUCCGAGUGUUUUCAAAGUAAAUGCUUAAAUAUUUUUCCUGUUUAAAUUUGACUUUUUAUGACAUGUUAUCGCUUUCUGAUGGCUAGUGAACCACUGCAGGGGAAAUUGGUGAUGUCCGUGAAUGAGACUCCUUUCAAAAUGCGUCCCACAGGACAAUAUGCUUUAUGUGUGUCAUAAAAUGAAAGCUGUGCUUCGGUUUGACAAUUGUACCGUAUAAAUCUGUGUAAUUAUUUAAGAUGAAAUAAUUGUCCAGUAUUGUCUUGUUGACUUUGUGUAUGCCACAUCACUCCGGUCUAGCAUCUUGUAUGGGUCAGAAAAUUUUAUUUUAGCAGUUUUUACUUUCUCACAAACUUUGAACCCGCAACAUAUUUUUAGAAUAAGUUCAGUUGUUAUACGUCUUGUUUUGAAUGUGCAAUAUUAUUGAAAAAUUGACGAAUGUAGCAGUUAUCCACAUAAAUAAACGAAAGUAAGAAUCCGUGCGUCAAUGACA